AUGCCCUACCCGUUCGUCCUCCCCACGACCUCAGCCUUCUCCUACUCCUCGAGCUUGACCUGCGAAUCGCACCCCUCCCUCCCUCUCUCAGCGAGCACCCAACGCGGUGUCGUCCGAGAUGUUCUCAAGAAACACAAGCGAUCCUCUCCACAGUCGCAAAGCGCCAACCUGCCGACCAUCAUCUCUGCCAUAACAGGCUAUCUUCCGUACCUGCUCGCCGUCGACUCGGGCCUGAACCACCGCACCAUCGGCAAUGGCCUCGAGAUCUUCAGCAUCAUCCAGCGGUCCAACGUGCCCCUGAAUAUCGAGUGGCGGCCCUCGCUAGCAGACGUCUUCAUCCCAGGAAAGAAGGAGAACGCGAGGGUCAAGAUUCACAGCCUGGAGCACGAGGUCGCCUUCGUGCUGGCUACCCUGGGCUACACCUACACCCUCCUGGCACGCACAGCCCUCCACCCGCUCUUCUCUACCACCACCACAGAGGACCUGUACGCCAUCGGCUCGCAGCCGCGCCAGGCCGCCAUAUCGACGGCGACCAAGCACCUCCUCGACGCUGCCAGUGUGUACGACCACCUCGCGCGCCGUGCCGAGCGGCCUCACGGCUCCCACCUCUCCUCACCACCAUGCGCAGACGUAUCAGCCGCCACCGCACGGGCGCAAAGCGAGCUGGCACUCGCCGAGGCAACCCUGCUCGCCGUGCUCAAGGAUGACCCGUACCCGGCGGUGGUGGCGCAGGACAGGAACCAGAACGACAAGGAGUGGAUGUACAAGGCGCCAGACAUACCAAAGGUGCGGGCACACCUGUUUGCUAGACUGUGUGUCGCCGCGGCGGAGCACGCAGCCAAGGCGCACUCGCUCUGCGCGUCACAAGGAGGAGGGGGAGGGCCAAUUGGUGGCGGCAGCAUACGGUUCGGCAGCAAGAAGAGUAAAGAGGAAGGGGAAGACUCAGGUAGCGGCGGCGGCGGCGGAGGAGGUAGCACCGGCAAACUGAACGAGGGCUUCAUCAAAUAUCUUGAAGACCUGCGGCGCACGAGCAGGGCAAAGGCAUGCCGCUUCUUCGGCAUUGACGCCGAGCUGGGCGGGCAGACGGGCAACGCGAUCGGGUGGCUGCACGCGGCGUACCAGGAGCUAGGCGUCGAGGUCAAGGACCCGUCAAAGAAGUCAUCGGGGCUCGGAAGGCUCAAGAAGGAGUGGUCAGAGAAGCGGGAGGACCGCCGCGUGGAGAAGGGCACGACAUGGGGCGCUGACGCCGGGAAGCUGGAGGAGACGCGCGUGAUCGAGAUGCUGGAAGCCAAAUGGUCCAAGCAAAAUGACACGAUAUUCACCCAGGCCAUCACUCCCGCGGGUACCCUGCUUGCCCAGAUGCCCUCGGCGCGCGAGAUUCACACCCUGAAGCCCUUCGACGUCCCGGUGCUGGACAACCUCACACUGAAUGCUAUGCGCGCGCCACCGGACCGCAGCGACGACUUUGGAGACGAGAACAGCUCGGACGAGGAAACUGUCGUGCCCAGUCGGCAGGCCCCUGGCGCGUAUCCCGGCAGCGUAUCAUCAUACUAUUAA